AUGGCCUAUCAGUCAUAUUACGGCAAACGUCGGGACAGUCCGCCCAUUGAGUCGGGAAUGUAUGCUCGAGACCGGUCGCCACCACCGCAACAGUCUUAUAGCGGCCGUCGAUCACCACAAGUGGGACGCAUCCCGAAGAUCAACGCCACGUCCUCUUUGGAUGACUUGAGGAGUGAAUUCAAUCGCAUCACAGGCGACACGCCGCUCAAGAUGGAGGACAUGACGUGGGAUAAGAUGGGCUCAAAGGUUCAGGAUAUGCUCGAAAGCAGAGCUAAUGAUCCCAACUCUGAAGGACACUCUCUAUUCCCGGCGCCAAUGCGACGGCGACGAGACAAGAGGGAUAUGCCCUUGAUUAUCAACGGAAACAUAGUUCCGCGCAAAGACGCCCUUCUCAUUGAUCUGGUUUUGAACAACAAGUCGACUCUUGACGCCCAGUUGAGUCUAACCAAACAUCCAGUGGUCGGACUCGAGUAUAUGAUUGAAUACAUCGAUCCGGACGGUCAGUCCCCCAGAAUAUACUACUGCCGUCUCUGCAAACAGUUCAAUACGUGUGCGUCUGUUAUGGAGCACAUCACUGGAUACAACCAUCGCGUCAGAUAUAUCGCAAACAAAUACCCGAAUCAGGCGAAGACAUACCUAUUACCAGACGGCAGACGAGCCAACCGUAACCCGGCUCUCAUGCGUAUGGCUCAGGGAAGAGCUCAGGAACUGGAGCUCGUGUAUGGCAGAGGAGACUUUGAGAUCAGACACGAGAAGGUGACCAUUCCUGAUGAGGCACAGGUGGACGUCGAGUCGGAUAUCAUCACUGUGGAGUCGGGCCAACAGACAGAAGUGCUGAAACAGGCGCUCAAACAGAUCAAAGCCUGCAAACUGGAGGGCGAGGAAGAUAUUCGUGUCGCCAAACAGAUCAUCAAUGACUUGACUGAUGCUAUCAUUGAAUAUAAACAGUCGGUUCAGGAGAAACAGGUGAACGCCGGCAUCAAUUCGUUGAUCUCUUCGGGAAGAGGCAACUAUUGAGGCAUUCAUUGAGACAAUGCAUCAAUAGAUGAAACAAUGACUUCUUACGGUAAUUGUCGUCAUUUUUUUGACUAUUAAUCUCAGACUGUUUUCAAUUAUACUAUUCAUGUGUAAUUCAAAUGUAUAUAAUUACAGGUAUUAU